UACGUCAGUCACGUUUUGCGUGGAAGCUCGCCUGGUGUCUUGGAAGGUGCUGAUGCUUUUACGGAGCGAAGAUUUUAAUCACCGCUGUCGCUUUAAGGACUUCUUCUCAAAGCCUCAUUAUGCCCACGGAGAGCGCGGCCAGCCACUGAGCAAGCAAGCAAGCCACGGACCGGAGUGGAUUUGCGGGGGGAAAGAAAGCUAACAUUAUCCCAGCCUGGAACGGACCGUGGCGGAGUUUUGAUUUCCACGCCAGACAUCGGUGGAGGGAAUACUGCGCACACGUACUUACUCGGCGGGGGGGGUGUCGUUGGCGUCCUGACGCGCGGAGAUGAAUCGGAUUUAAAAGUCAACACAAGCAGGAUUUAUUGUCUUUUUUUUUUUUUUUUGCGUUUGGACACCGGAUCAUGGCUCGGGGAGGUGGGGGAACAACAACGUUCCGCGACGGCGUCGGUGUUGUCGGUACCGCAAGAAAAGUUACAAAGCUCGUCUAUUUUGCGGAGAUUUGAACUGUUUCUGCCAUUUUGCACCUGCGUCGUGUGGGCUUUUUUUUUUUUUUUUUUUUUUUUUUUUGACGUCCCCCCCCCCGCGCCUGACUGUGGAUAUACUCGCGUAUCGUAAUGGAGAUUUCUACUCAAGGUCAUUGAGUGUUUUAAGACAUUCGUAGUGGGAUUGUUUGUGUUUCCACAGUGCGGAGUUUGACACCCUCCUCCUCCCUCCUUCUCCCUCCCAACAUGGAUGGGAAACUGAAGCAGGGUCGAUCGAGAUGUCGGCCCAAGCGGGAAAGAGUGCGGAGGUUGCGGGAGACGACCGGGAGCGGAGACCCGGACUCGUUGGAGGGACACGGCCCGGGGAUAAGGGACGCCGCUAAAAAGACGCCGCGCCCCGCGGUGGUGGUGGCGGCGGCGGCCAGAGCCCCGCGCGCCCCGAGGCGGAAGAGACGGGAGUCCAGCGCCCAGGAGGAGGACAUCAUUGAUGGAUUUGCUAUUACCAGUUUUAUCAGUCUGGGCAGUCUGGAGGAGAAAACAGGACUUCUAAAGAUACAGGAGAAGAAGGAGCGGUGGAAGGAGAAAAAGGCCGUGCAACAGCCGAAGACGGAAGAUGAGGAGGUGGGGAAGGAACAGGAGAACGUUCUAGAGCCUAUGAUGGAUCCAUUAGAGAAUGGAUUCUUUCAUCAUGCCCAGAGAGAGCAGGAGAGGAUGACCGAGAGGCUGCUCAAGAAAACAUAUUCCAAGAAGAACAAACUGAUCAAACCGUUGAUGGGUUUCCCGGUCAAGUUUUUCCAGGAUGAAACGGAGCUUGGUCUACCACACAGGAGCAACACCAAGGAGCAGAGUUCCACUCUGGUGCUGUCAGGCCGGGGCUACUCGGUGGCGCCGGCAGCAGUGACCCUCCUCAAGUGUGACAGCGAAAGUGACAUUGACGACAAGGUGUCUGAUGUAGGAUCACAGAGGCUCUUUUCUCACACCACACCCAAAGGUGUGCAAGCGAAUGAGAAUCCCGAGUCUAAGACUGCUGGUUCAGCCAAAGUGUCCGUGCUCCACCGCAGCCAAGAGCGGAACAAGAGCGAGGUGCCAUUCGCGCCUCCGCUGCCCAGCCCCACCCCAGCCUCGGCGCCGACGGGCUCCCCAGCCCCCGCUGCCGCAGCGGCGCCGCCGGAGCCUCCUCGAUCUUUCCUCCCGACCCCGCCUCCUCUCGGCGUCAAGAGAGAGCUACAAGCUCCGCCCCCUGUCCCUUCCCCUUCCCUGCUGAGGACGCCGCCCCACCUCUUCUCUCCUCACCUGCACUCACUGCAAGAAGCCUGUGUUCAUCCGCCCCCUCAGCACCACGCCCGGCCCAUCAUCAGCCACCAGGUGCACCACCCUCUGCAGUACGGCCUACACGAUCUCAGCCACCGAAGCAGUCCACUUCUUCCUAAACAUCACCUCGGACCAUCUCCACACCACCCACUCAGUGGGCUGCCAUCCUCAGCCCCCGCCUUGCCUCUGUCCAUAGCCAACCUCUCUACCUCGCACUAUUCCUCCCUACGGAGCCCGGCACAUCGCCAUUCGGCCAUGUUUGCAACCCCGGCGACUCUGCCUCCACCGCCGACCUUACCUACCAACAGCUUAGUGGUCCCGGGGCACCCUGCGGGUACCCCCUACCCAGAGCAUGACCUCCUAAGGCAGGAGCUGAACAACCGUUUCCUGGUUCAGAGUUCAGAGCGGGGCCGGGGGCCGCCCGCCUCGCCGCUGGCCCCCGUGUCGCUCCCGAGGGCUGAGUUUCACCAACACCAGCACAUGCACCAGCACCGACACACCCACCAGCACACCUUUACGCCCUUCCCCGCCGGUCUGCCCCCGCCCACCGCACCUCCCGUGGUGCGUACCCAGGCCAGAAAUUUCGACAAAUACACUCCGAAACUCGACAAUCCGUUCAUCAGACAUCAUUCAAAUUUCUUCCCCUCCUACCCCCCUACCAUGCCAGGCAUGCCCCCACUGCUCCCACACUCAGGACCCUUCAGCUCACUGCAAGGAGCCUUCCAGCCCAAGGCAUCCAAUCCCAUUGAUGUCGGAUCACGGCCCGGAGCAGUGCCUCACACACUCCUUCAGAAGGAUCCUCGAAUAACGGAUCCAUUCCGGACAAACGUUAGAAAACCUGGCAAGUGGUGUGCGGUGCAUGUCCAGAUCGCGUGGCAGAUCUACCACCACCAGCAGAAAAUGAAGCAAAUGCAGCUGGACCCCCACAAGCUGGACAUGAAUGGGAAGCUAGACCUGUUCAGCCGUCCCCCAGCUCCGGGCGUCUUCCCGGGCUUCCCGUACCCUCAUGACCUUGCCCGGCCACUCUUCUCAACAGGCUCAGGCCAUCCAGCGCCCUCUCCAUAUGGACCCGCCCCCCACCCCAGUGGGUUCCUGCCUCCUAGCCAUUUGGCUGAUCCUUUCAGUCGCUCCAGUUCCUUUGGCGGCCUCAGCAACCUUUCAAGCAGUGCCUUCGGAGGAUUAGGCAACCCCUCGCUUGGGUCCAGCGGCAUGUUUGGCAACAAGGAGGGUCCCGGAGGACUGCCCCCGUUCGGCAGCCCGCAACACGACACCUGGAACAGGCUCCGACGCACGCCGCCGUCCUUCCCCACGCCGCCGCAGUGGCCCAAGAUUGCGGAGGCUGAGAGGAGCAGCUCCGUCAACAGCCACGAGCGAGAGAGGGAGCGGGAGCGAGAGAAGAGAGACUCUUCUGUCGGAAAAGAGGAGAAGGAUAAAGACAGGGAUUCCGUGGAACGCAACCGCCACUCCAACCGCUCGUCUCCGGCCUCCGCACCGGUCAGCUACCAGAUCAGCAGCUUGAUCCGCUCCAACAGCCAGAGCAGUGACCCGGGACGCCAUCACAGCGGCAGCGUGGAUCGGGUACGCGAGGCAGAGAAAGAGCUCCUGGAACGCCACAGGGACUCCUCCGCCAUGGCCGACGUCAAGAUCAAGGAGAGCCGCUCGCCCGGCAAAGAGAUGCUGGACCGGAGAUCAUCCGAGGACUCCAUCAAAGCGGCUCAACGUUCUCCGUCUCCAUACUCGCUGAAGGCGGUGAUCACCGAGCAGAGUCUGAAGAUGGCGGGAGGGCCUCCGCCGACGCUGAAAGACGGCGACAGGAAGGAGCCCCCGACUGCGGAGCAACUCCACAAGGUGAAAAAUGACAUGAAGAUCAAGGAGGAGAAGAAGGAAGAGCAGGAGGUCAUGGUGGUGAGUUCCGAGCCCGCCACCCAACCGCCUCCCCAGAUGCACUCCUUGCCCAUGGGCCAGCCUGGAAACCCACACCACCACCACCCUCCCUUGUCCCAGCAGCCUCCUCUGCCGUCCCCACGCUGCACCGACAUGUCCGCCCACGGUCUGCACGGCGUCCCCAUGGCACACUCGCUUCCCCUGUCCAUGAGCGCCAUGCCUCAGAUGGGCAGCCUCAACGUCCUGGACCGGGCCCGCAUGGCUCCCUUCAUGGGCGUGAGUCCGCUGGCGGGCAGGGAGCGCCUCCCCCACCACGCCUUCCCUUGGGACCCUCUCCGGGAGGCCUACCGCAGCCUGGACCUGCAGCGGCGCAUGGACUUCCAGCUCCGGGCGGAGCAGGGACAUCGCUACCCCAGCAUGUACGAGCAGGAGCGGGCGUACCGCGAGAGGGAGGCGCACGACUACUCCCACCACGAACACCUGCUGGAGGUACGGCGGGAGCACGAGAGGAUGAGGCAGCAGGCGGAGGAGCGAGAGCGCCAGCACCUGCGGGAGGAGCUGGACCGAGCGCGGCUCCAUCAGCUCCACCAAUCCCCGAUGGAGGGCCACCUGCCUCACAUGCCUCCAUUCAUGCCCCACCUCGGGGGCAUGCCCUACCCCAGACUCAGCCCCUCCACCGGGCACAACGGCCUUCUGAACAGAACACCCCCGACCGCCGCCCUCAGCGCCCCCCCGCCGCUCGUGCCGGCCGGCAGCGCCAGGUCGGCCUCCCCCAGGAGGACUACCCCCCUCACCACCACCCAGGACCCGCGGGACUACUCGCCGUCUCGCAACCCCAAAGAGGUAGAGGCGCGGUAGCUCGGCGGAUGGAAAUUGUCCUCGGAAAGAAAAAUGCACUCCUCUUCCCCUGAAGGGUAUGAUUGUACAAAGUGUCUGACGGAAGCACACGCCAUGGAAUAUUUUUAGCUGGUUUGAGUACGAGAACACUAGAAUGUGUCUGUUUAUAUCGCCCCCCCCUAAAUAUUUGAUAACUAUUAAUAUAUUCAUCAAAUAACUUUUUUCCAGUAUGGAGUGAAGAAAGAGCAGGUUUGUACAUUUGCUAGCCUCCAUGUAAAGAUGUCAUUUCUAUGAAUUUGAUGUCCUUUGUGCAUUUGGUCACAACACCCGCGCCCGUGGAUUGUGGUCACCUUCACCCCGACACCCGGUAAAAGACUGCACCGUCAAUUACCGUAUUUUUCGGGGUAUGAGUCGCAGGUUUUUUUUCAUAUUUUGGCCGGGGGUGCGACUUAUACUCAGGAGCGACUUAUGUGUGAAAUUAUUAACACAUUAGCGUAAAAUAUCUAAUAAUAUCAUUUAGCUAUUCUUGGUGUUGGGUUUUAUCAAACAAAUUACCCCAAAAAAUGCGACGUAAAUAUGUUUUUUUUCCUUCUUUAUUAUGCAUUUUCGGCCGGUGCGACUUAUACUCCGAAAAAUACGGUACUCACCCCCAAAUCCUCGACUCGACACCUCCGCUCCGGACAGGCUAACCUCCGAGGACAAAGCUACAAACAAUGGGACUGGGCUUUCUGCUCCGCCGCUACCAGCCUGUGGGUUGCUCUCCCUGACCACCUGAGGGCACCACAGACUGUGGAUGCUUUUAAAAAAG